AUGAUUAUUGGAUUAUUGUAUUGUCUUAAGCUCACAAACUACAUCUGGCAGAAUCGGAUCGUCGUCGCUGCAAGCUUUGAGGAUGCAAGAUGCCGAUGUGUGUGCAAGAAAACCUGGGAUGACAGUGGCAACAAGAUUCGGGCAGUAUUUACUAGUAAUGCUGGAGGGGAGUUUUGUGACUGUGAACAUGUGGUGCUGCCACUGGUUAAACAGAAUUGUGCUCACUGCUUGUGUAGCAUAGAAAACAGGAAUACAACCACAAUCAAGGUUGUGGUCAUCUUCAUCAUCUGUGUGGUGUCGCUGCUGUUCUUCUACAUGCUGUUCCUGAUUUGCUUGGACCCGCUGAUCCAGCGACGACCCACCAGCUAUCAGCAGCAUACCAACGAGGAGGUGAAUUUGGAGGAUAUGUCUGGAGUGCGAGCAGAGGGAGAUGCCUCUCCAUCGGCUGGUGCCACUCCUACGUCUGAAUUGUCGGCCAGACAGCGCUCACUGCUGAACAUAGUACAGAAAGAACAGAAGAAAUGGAAGGGAACUGUUCAAGAACAGAGGAGGAACAUUUAUGACAGGCAUUCAAUGCUCAAUUAA